UUUCUCACUUAAAUAUUUAUUGGAAAUAUAUGGGAGACCACAAGCCAGAUUCAUGCAUUAUUAAAAUAAUAAAUAGGCAUAGAAUAAAAAUUUGUAUGGCAAGUAGAAAGAAAUAGCAGUGCGCAAAUAUUAAUUUCCCCAUUUUAACUGUUCAUUGUGUAUUUUCUAUUCAAUAUUAGUCUGUUAUUAUCCAGAUCGUUGUUGAAAAUGUCUCUCGACUGCUAAGUCACGUGGUGCUUGUUGCUUUUCUCAGCGCUGGGCCAGAUAAACCACUCACAGUCGUUUGUGAUUACUGGUUAAGGCAUAUCUUAAAUAUAAUUUUAUACAAAUUACUGGGAUAUACUUCCAUUUAGAUCUUACAUUCUGAUACUUUAAAAGUAACAUAUUAAAAAGAUUACAAUUUGUAAUAUACAAAUAACUGCAGCAAGACAAAAAACGUCUUGAGAUUUGAAUGCAGUUCUAUGGAGUAUCCGGUAAUGUGGGCCACCAAGCGCCCCCUAGAGGAGGACCAGAUCUGCUGCAGUAACUUUAUGAGUCCAUAGCAACUGAUGGCGGAGAAGCGUCGCGCCGGUUCCGUGAUGUCCGAUUCAAAAUCCGCGAAAUGUGAUUCGGAUAAUGAGUUUCUGUCGCAGGCUGGAGUGAGCGCGCUGCUCAGAGGAGCUCUGCUGAAACUAGUCGAGUCCAGGACGGAGGAUCCCAUCGGAUUUCUAGCCGAACAUUUCGGUAAUCUGUCGUCGGAGGCGGAUGAUGGAGGAUCGGAGCAUCAGAUCGUGAGCAGAGCUCUGUGGCACCUCAGUCUGGCGCAUCACUCACAGAGAUCUGCAUUCAACAACAACAUCGAUGUGGCGUACGAGCUGUUGAUGCAGGGUGGGCCACAUCGCCCCAAUUCUGGAGGGGUCCGCGGGCAACGGUACACAGAGAUGCUCAAGUGCCUGUGCAGUGAGGGGGGGCUCUCGGGCACCACCGCCGCCCCCCUGCUGCGCCGCAUCCAGUGCCACGAUUACGAGGCCGUGCCCUUUGAACUCUUCCGCCAGGGCGUGCUGACCUGCUCUGUGUUCGCCGACUACAUCCGCAAGUCCCAGUGCUUGUACGCGGCGGUGGCGAGCGCACCAGACAGACCGGCAGAGAGAGCGCUGUGCCAGGCUGUGCUUGCCACCCUCCAGGAGGCACUAGAAACGGCGGACGGAGCCGAUGUGGCGCGUUACCUGGAGGCUAGUGCCAAGAUCUCACCUGCUAAGCUGGCACAGGCCAUGGCGGAAGUUCAUCCACGCCAACAGGAAGGUCCCACGAUGGACGCGCAGGAGUUUGAAGAUGCGGCGGCGGCACUCUUCAUCGCGCGGGUGCGAAUUGUGACCUGAGAGGGCUGUGUCGGGCUGUUACCUGAGUGCAACUUUUUAUUUUAUUUUAAAAACAUCUUAUAUAAGAAAUCGUCGCAAUUAUAGAAAAGAUACAAAGAACAAGAGUCAAAGAGUAUCAAAGUUGUGUACUGAUAAUAAUUGUUGACAUUUCAGGAUUAUUAUUUUUGUGCCCAAUAUAGAUGUAACACAUGGAUCAAAAUACGCAAAAAAAAAAAAAAAAAUGGUACAAAGAUUUUCGAGAAUAAUACCUGACUACAAAUUUCCAAAAUGCAUGAGUGCAUGGAGUAUUUGUGAAAAAUUCCCUAAAAAAUACCUUUUAGUUCUAUUAUGUAUUUAAUUGUAUUAUGUACUUAUUUUAUUGACAUUAAACUCAACAUGAAAUCAAAA